UUUAUAUGUCCGUGGAACAAAGUUGGUCCAAGUCCCAACCAGCAUUGAUUAUGAAUGGUCUUGUAUACGGCAGUCUACGAUAACGAUAGACGAUCCAGCAAAGACCGCAGUUUAUCUUUUGUGA